AUGUCCUCUCCGACUGUCCUAGUUGUCGGCGCUGGUCCAUCCGGACUUGUGCUCGCUCUGACGCUGCUCAAGAACGGCGUCCCCGUGCGCAUUAUCGAGAAAGAUGCCCAGUACCACCGUGGCGAGCGUGGCCCAGGAAUCAUGCCUCGCACGCUGGAGAUCGAGCAUUUUCUCGGCGUCGCCGACGACGUCAAGAAGGCGGCGGCGCGCAGCCCGGUAUUCCAUGUGCACGACCCUAAAGACCCCCAGAAGAUCCUCAAAAGCGUGGUUAUCUCUGAGCAGCUCGACCUUACCCCGGCCUUCCCUGAGAUGCGCCCGGUAAUGCUCGGGCAGUGGAAGCAUCAGGCCAUACUCCGCACGGCGAUUGAGGCGCUGGGCUCCAAGGUCGAGCUUGGCACCGCCCUCGUUUCUCUCCAGCAGGAUGGAGGAAAGGUUGUCGCUCAAUUGGCCAAGUCUGUCGACGGGAAGACCGUGACGGAGGAAGCCGAGUUCGGCUAUGUCGUUGGGGCUGACGGCGGACACAGCACUGUGCGCAAGUCUCUCGGCAUCAACUUUGUCGGGGAAACUCGUGAAGGGGGCGUGAUGUUUGUUGUUGACUGCGUUGUCGAAGGCAUCGAUGGUAAUAACGACCUCUACCUCUGGGGAGACGCUACCAGUGCCUUUGCAAGCAUCCGCCACACUGGAACGGGCCAAGAGUUCCAGAUGAUCCUCUCUGGCCCUGACGUGGACUACGCUACUUUGAAGGCUGAGCGCAGCCUCGAGGCUCUCCAGAAGGAAUUUAGCAGAGUGUCCGGUCGUGCUGAUCUCGUCGUAACGGAGAUCACUAACUGGCAGGGAGAAUGGAGAGCGAACAUUCGCAUGGCAGAGAAAUUCCAGGCCAGCAGGGCUUUCAUCGUUGGAGAUGCCGCCCAUACGCACUCUCCGACCGGAGGCCAAGGCAUGAACUCUAGCAUUCAGGACGCCUUUAACCUUGGCUGGAAACUCGCCCUCGCCGUGAAAGGCCACGCCUCUCCCUCCCUGCUGUCCUCCUACGAGGUCGAGCGCAUGCCCGUCAUCUCUGCCAUGCUCGAGAUCACCACGGAGCUUUACGACCGUGCGUUCAAUGUCGACACGCAGCGCAAGCUCGCAGCUGCACGCGCCGCCGAGCAGGCCGGAGCGAACGCUGCGGCGCGCGAGCACGGCUGGUUCCGCGGCAGGAAGCUCUACCAGCUCGACGUCAACUACCGCUGGAGCACCGUCGUGCUCGACGAAAGGUUCGUCGGCGGCGAGAGCACGCGUGUCGCCUAUGGCGAGCCGGAGCAGGAUGUCCGGGCCGGCGACCGUGCCCCCGACGCGCCUGUGUGCGUCGGCGGGAAGGACACGCGGCUAUUCGACAUAUUUGGACCUGGUCACCACACUGUGCUGCUCUUCGGUGUCGGUGAGAAGGAGGCGGCGAUGCUCGACGCCGUCCGCGCUUUACCUUCUGGCCUUUUCAAGGUCUUGCUCGUCGUGACUCCCGGGGAAACGCCUGCACCUACGGCUUACGGCGGUGUCGACACUGUCAUUGAGGAUAAUGACGGCUAUGCUAGGAAAGGGUAUGGUCUGGACGGGCAGACGGGCCCUGUUGCCGUUGCGAUUCGCCCUGACGGCAUGAUUGGUGCCUUCGCCACCUCGUCCACGGGCUUGAAGAAAUAUUUCUCUUUAGUUUUCACUCAUGCUUGA